AGCCUUUGUAAGUACUGCAGAUUCCAGAACUACCUAAUAUGCCUCGCGACACCUCAGCCUCACCGAGAAGGCGGUCCCACAACAGAGAAGAAGACCGUUCUGGAAGAAGAGGAAAGAAAGACUACCCCAGACCUGACCGUGAGCAUGACUACGACCAUGAGCGUGAUUCAGGCAGGCGAAGGGAUAAAGAUGACGACGAUAGACGUGCCAGACAUGACAAUUACCGUAGAAGAGACGAUCGUCGCGACCGUGAUCGCGAUUCUAGAAGGCCUGACCGCGGACGGGACAGAGAAGGCCAAGAUGACCACGACCGGCCCAGCAGGCAUCGAAGUAGAGACCUUGCAGUCUCAUCUCGUCGCUCUGCAUCCCCGAAACCUCCAUCUUCUAUCCAACCCGCCGCUCGCCCACGCUCUAGUUCUCGGUCCCAGUCCCGUCCGCCUGUCGACAAGGCCAAACCCAACUUCGCUAAUUCCGGGUUGCUAGCUGCAGAAACAAAUGCUGUCAAGUUGACUGAUGGUACGAGCACAAUCCUAAAAUAUAACGAACCUCCGGAAGCAAGAAAGCCCACUCUGGGUUGGAGGCUGUAUGUGUUCAAAGGAAGCGAGCAAGUUGAAUUGCUCCAUAUACAUCGCCAAAGCGCGUAUCUAAUAGGACGUGAUCGUACUGUCACUGAUAUUUUCAUUGAACAUCCUUCCUGCUCGAAGCAGCAUGCUGUGAUCCAGCAUCGCCAGGUAACGGAGAAAGAUGAAUUCGGCGCCUCAAAACCGAAGAACAAGCCUUUCAUUAUCGACCUCGAGUCGACAAAUAGCACACAUGUCAACGAUGAGGCCAUUCCGACAUCACGGUUCUACGAACUCAGAGCGGGCGAUGUCAUAAAAUUUGGAUUAUCAAAUCGGGAAUAUGUCCUUUUGCAUGACGAUGCAACCUAAGGUACCUAUGGCUAGCAACGCGAUUUCAGGCAGUAUACAGAAUGUUAGAUCAUGGUACAUUGGCUUGUAACUUACUUCUUGCGAGAUUCUCUCCGAACUCACUUGCUUUUAGACUAUUUGGCAUUAGGUGUGAGGGAUUGAACUCUAUUUUUUCAGAAUCAUUAAUCGAUCGCACCCCUUGGUUUGC